CUGCACUACGGGACCCUCCUGGGCAGCAGAGCUUGUGCCCACAUGGCAGCAGCUGCCUGGGCCAGUGCCUUUCUCAAUGCUCUGCUGCACACAGCCAAUACAUUUUCCCUGCCCCUGUGCCAUGGCAAUGACCUGGGCCAUUUCUUCUGUGAAAUCCCACAGAUCCUCAAACUCUCCUGCUCACACUCCUACUUCAGGGAACUUGGGCUUCUUGCUGUUAGUGUCUGUUUGGUAUUUGGCUGUUUUGUGUUCAUUGUUUUCUCCUAUGUGCAGAUCUUCAGGGCUGUGCUGAGGAUCCCCUCUGAGCAGGGAGGGCACAAAGCCUUUUCCACCUGCCUCCCUCACCUGGCUGUGAUCUCCCUGUUCCUCAGCACUGGGUUUUUUGCCUACCUGAAGCCCCCCUCCAUCUCCUCCCCAUCCCUGGAUCUGGCCCUGUCAGUUCUGUACUCAGUGGUGUCUCCAUGUGAACAACCGCACUCAGGAUCCCAGCACUGCCUGACAGCGCUCUGGACACUGGCACGGUCACACGUCCGAGUCUCGGGCACUGUGCUGCUGCUUCAUUUGUCCUUUGGCACACCCAACGCUCCCUGA